CAAAAUCCUGAAGCCACUCAGAUACACUCAACCUCUCCUGCUCCGGCAGCUGGUCUCCUGCUAAUGCUGCGCCGUCCACUGACUGCGAGAUGUUCACCCCAGCUUGUAAAGGAUCUGCAGGUGAGCCGAGGAUUGACAAGUCCACUUUGUCUGCACUGAAAUCCCGGAAACAGGAGCUGCUGAACAUUUCCAACGUCCCUCUGGGAGAAUGUCCCCCCUCACCGCCCCGCACUGCACCGCCCAGCAUGAAGUCUGCAGAGUUCUUCGAUAUGCUGGAGAGGAUGCAGGUCCCUAAAGCUGAAGAGACCAAAAGAUGGAAGGAUGACUAUAUCCCCUACCCACGGAUAGAAGAUGUCCUGGAGAAAGGUGGGCCAUACCCCCAGGUAAUCCUGCCACAAUUCGGGGGUUACUGGAUUGAAGAUGUGGAGGCACCAGUAGGGACCCCCUCCUCCUCAGAGUCCAGUUUCUGUGAGGAGGAGGAUGGAGGAGAGGGCAUAAGCCCUGGUGGGGGGCACAGCUACCGCCUGGAGUGUAACAGCACAGCCCGCGCCUACCGCAAACACUUCUUAGGCAAGGAACACAUGAACUAUUACUGCACUGGCAGCAGCAUAGGCAACCUCAUCAUGUCUCUGAAACACGAGGAGGCUGAGGGACAGGAGUUCCUACGCAUCAUGCUCAGGUCGAGGAUCAAAACAGUCCAUGACAGGAUCUCUUUAGCAGGCAUCAACCAGCUGCCUAGUGUACCACAGAUUGCAAAGCUUCUGUGUGACGAUGCCACGGGGCUGAAGUUCAACCCGGUCCUGUACCCUCGGGGAUCCCAGUUGAUAGUGGCGUAUGAUGAACACGAAGUGAACAACACCUUCAAAUUUGGAGUCGUCUAUCAGAAGUUUGGACAGACGUCAGAGGAAAAGUUGUUCGGGAACAACGAGGAGACGCCAGCUUUCAAGGAGUUUCUCAGUACCCUGGGUGACAAUAUUGAACUUCAUGACUUUAAAGGGUUCCGCGGUGGGCUGGAUGUAUCCCACGGACAAACAGGGUCUGAAUCUGUCUACACUGUCUUCAGACAGAGAGAGAUGAUGUUCCAUGUGUCAACCAAGCUUCCCUUCACUGAGGGAGACGUGCAGCAGCUCCAGAGGAAAAGGCACAUAGGAAAUGACAUUGUGGCCGCAGUCUUCCAGGAAGAUCCCACACCGUUUGUUCCAGACAUGAUCGCUUCCAAUUUCCUGCACGCUUACGUGCUGGUGCAGGUUGAGAACCCCUGUACAGAGCACACAACAUACAAGGUGUCUGUUACAGCGAGGGAGGAUGUGCCUCCUUUUGGCCCCCCUCUCCCAAACCCAGCUGUCUUUAGGAAGGGCCCUGAGUUUCGGGACUUCCUGCUGACAAAGCUGAUCAAUGCCGAAAACGCCUGCUACAAAUCCGACAAAUUUGCCAAACUAGAGGGGAGAACGCGAGCUGCGCUUCUCGACAACCUCCACGACGAGCUGCACAGACAGAGCCAGGCCACGCUGGGUCUGGGCCAGCCGGGAGAGGAGGACAAGCUGGAGAACGGGGGACACGGGGGACUGCUAGAAUCCUUCAAGAGAGCCAUGCGUGUCAGGAGCCACUCCAUGGAGACCAUGGUGGGGUCCAAUCGUCACAGGAGCCCCGGGGUAGGAGGUGGGGUCCCGGCCAGCGUGAGUGGAGGAGGGCUGCCGCAGAGCACCAGCGAAUGCACAAAGAGCACCUUUUCUCCUCCCGUGUUGUCAGCCAAGUCUCCUCUGAAGAGUCCAGUGAAGCGGCGCUCAGGCCUCUUCCCUCGGCUCCACUCCAGCACAGAAUCCCCAUCGGACAAACACACACGCAGCGACCAAAAGCCUGCUGAGAUCUGCCCACUAUCCCAAGAAGUGAGGUCAGAGACAUCAUCCAAUCCCAGCUCACCGGAGAUCUGCCCCAACAAAGAGAGGCCGUUCAUUAAGCUGAAAGAGUGCAGCAGCGGCAGACCCAACAUCUCUCGUUCUUCAUCCAGCACCAGCAGCUUCAGCAGCACCACGGGAGAAACAGAAGCUCUGGAAGAACUGGAGACAGUGAGUGCCAGCCAUCCCUCUAUAGCGUGCUCUUCUGCCUUUAGUCCUUCCCUCGGUGUUGACAGCCAGGGAUCAGGUACGCCUGUCAUCAUGUGCCGCAGUCCAACAGAUGUGAAAAGUAAGACGUCACCGAGGUCAAACUUGAAAUUCCGCUUUGACAAAAUGAGCCACUCGUCCACAACUUCCGAGUAGCUCUUGUGGAAUGGAAAGAUCAGACUUGCACAACAAAGGGACAGCGCGGGCUGACAGAGCUGCAAAAAAAAAAAAGAAAAUCCCACAAACCACAAAAUCCCAGUAGAACCACUUCCCAACGCAGAGGAUAAUCUGCCAAGAUUACCAACUGCACCAGAUUACUAACGAUAAACAAACUGACAAUACUGUGAGUGUAUAGUGAUGAGAAGCGGCGGACAUGUUUCUUUUUAACCUACCAUAGGCUACAGAAAUUAGUCAAUACUUUGCCAAUGUUACAAGUUGCUGCAUCUCAGUUGUUUGUUGUUCACAUCACAUGAACAUCCUAGCAUGGCUGUAAUACUGUGAGUGGAGGCCGAGAUAGACGCUGCCUCAGCUUUUUCUCAAGCAUCUAGUUUAAAAGAGAGACGUGGUGAUCUAGAAGAACGGUAACACGAGACUACGGCCCAAAUGUUACUCUUUAUCUAGUCGACUGCCGAGCGCUCAGUGGAAAGGACAUCUUUAACAAAUGUCAGACAUCAGGAUGUUCCCUUUUUGCCUUUGCCCCUGAACGGUACGUCUGGCAACAGUUCCUCUUUUUGUCUAAAAAAAAAACAAGUAUGUGGAAACAGACAAACACACACACACGCACAGAAACAUAAUGUAGACUUACAGUAGCACCGUUUUAGAGAUGACACCAGGGGGGAGUCUCAAUUCUACAUUGUAGAAUCUGAGCUUUGCAUAUAACAAAAAUGCUUUUUUAGGAAACACCUUUGAUUUUCAAGACGUUUUUUGUAACGUUGCUAGCUGCUGCAUUGUGUCUACUGCACUAUAAACACGACAUUGCUCAAACACAAGUCGAUACCUAUGACAGCAUUUCUGUACCUGGAAGGGUAACUUCAAAUUCCUGAACUCAAGUGCUUGGUUAGUGGCAAUUAGCUCAUAUGGGGCACAGUAGGAGACACUGCCAACACAUUUUUGCCAUAAGCUUAUUUUAGCCAAAGCUGCGCCUUACAAUCUAUCAAAAUCCCUUUUCACCACUGAUGCUCUCUCUCUCUCUCUCUCUCUCUCUCUCUCUCUCUCUCUCUCUCUCUCUCUCUCUCUCUCUCUCUCUCUCUCUCUCUCUCAGUCUGUCUUUCUGUCUGUCUCUUUCACUAUGUGAGAGGACAAGAAUCUUCGGGAUCUGGUUACAGCACAGUUGUGGGUAGCCGAUCAACACCUACAUUUUGCUGAAAAUAGACGUUGCACUUACUGAAAACAUUUCACCCUCUGAUACCUCCCAUUGAAGCUUGCUAGCUCGGUGUAUCUGUGUCUAUGUUCGGCGGAACUUUUGAACAGGAAAGUCUCCCGGGUUUAAAGUUUCCCAGCAUGUAAGCUGAUGAAGAAGACUUGAAAAAAAAUGAACCUAUGAACCACAUUUGGGCAAAAACACUUUGAAUGUGAACUUUAUUUUUUUUCUUCUAUUUUUAAUUUGACGCUUUGUUAGUUGUUAUUACAAAGUAUUUUAGAAGUAAAUUGCAAAGCCAGUUGCUUAAAAGCACAAUAGGUCUACUGUAGUCCUCAACUAGUCCUAAACUAUACCCUAACAUUAGCCUGGAGCUGCACAAACUAGAGUUAGUCGGGCAACGUGGGAUUGUGCUAGUCAAGAAGAAAAGCUGAAAAACACACAGAUGUGUUUCCUAUGAGACCAAACAACCAAGCUGGUGGGUCUUUGGAAGAACAUCUGUGUAUUCUCACUGUGGGGAGAACCAUUCCUGGAUGGCUUGAUAGUGUGUGAAGUUCUGUCACAUGAAACUCAAAUCCCAGAGGGUUUAAAGGGUCAGUUCACCUAAAUUACAAAAACCUACCUUGUUAUUUGGGGGACUUUUUAACUUGCAGGGAAGUUGUUAAGUUCCUUCAUGAGUACCUCAAGGAACUUAACAGCGUUGCCUAAUGCACACUGUGCUCAGUUAGUGCAGGCCAGUGAUUACCUCGAGCAAAGGAAGCAGGGAUUGAAAUCACACAAAAGCGGGAAGUUUAGUUUGUAGCAGGUAUCGCCUAAAUGUCCUGCAGCCUUUCCUCUGUUAAUAUGCUUAAUUUAUUCAAAGGAUAACUUCUUUUGCAUUGAUGUCAUGUAAAAAUGUAACUGCAGAGUAUGCUAAUUAAUAAGGUAAAAAUUAUUAAAGGAAAUAUAUUAAUUUAAAAGAUGUCUCAACAUGUAUAUGUAUAUUUGGUUAUGUAACGUGCCAUUGAGAAUUUAUUCUAAAAUAAAAUGUUGUAUUUUGUGUCAUUUA